CUAAUUCUCUCUCCGAUUAACCUCCGGCAACAACUAUGGUGGCGCAAAACAGUCGACGGGAGCUUCUAGCAGCUUCUCUAAUCCUAACCUUAGCUCUAAUUCGCCUAACAGAAGCAAACUCCGAAGGCGACGCUCUUCACGCUCUUCGCCGGAGCUUAUCAGAUCCAGACAAUGUUCUUCAGAGUUGGGAUCCAACUCUUGUUAAUCCUUGUACUUGGUUUCAUGUUACUUGUAAUCAACACAACCAAGUCACUCGACUGGAUUUGGGGAAUUCAAACUUAUCUGGACAUCUAGUACCUGAACUUGGGAAACUUGAACAUUUACAAUAUCUUGAACUCUACAAAAACGAGAUUCAAGGAACUAUACCUUCUGAGCUUGGAAAUCUGAAGAGUCUGAUCAGUUUGGAUCUGUACAACAACAAUCUCACCGGGAAAAUUCCAUCGUCUUUGGGAAAAUUGAAGUCACUUGUCUUUCUACGGCUUAACGAAAACCGAUUGACCGGUCCAAUUCCUAGAGAACUCACGGCUAUCUCAUGCCUCAAAGUUGUUGAUGUCUCAGGCAAUGAUUUGUGUGGAACAAUCCCAGUAGAAGGACCUUUUGAACACAUUCCUAUGCAAAACUUUGAGAACAACCUGAGACUAGAGGGACCAGAAUUACUAGGUCUUGCGAGCUACGACACCAAUUGCACUUAAAAAGAAGUUGAAGAACCCUAGAAGAAGAAUGGGGGUGACCUUGUAAGAACUCUGUACCAAGUGUUUGUAAAUCUAUAUAGCGCCUUGUUUCAUGUUAAAUAUAUGAAAGGUUUGAGA